AGUUUGGUGCGAGUGGCUGCUGAGAUAGAGGAACAUAUGACGCUGUGGUUCUCUUCACUUCCUGUAAAAUUAUGCUCAACAGAAACAGCUACAUGUGAAACACAGACAAAACUCCCGCACACUGUUUCAGAGGCGCGAGACAAUGGAUAACUUCUCAGACAAAUCAUGAGGACUUUGAGCCAUUGAAUGGGAUGGCGUUUUAGGUAAGCUUUAUCAUGGUUUCUGCUUAUCAGGGAACUGCUUGCAUUUGCAUUAUCUUACAUUACAUUUUUCCUUCACAGUUUCAAGGAACACUUGCCGGGGUCUAGUCUAUCUUUGAAUGGUUGGGCUACUACUUGGUUUAGAAGUAGGUUUCCCUUGUAAAAACAACCAUGCAAUUACUGCAGCAUUUACAUUUCAUAAUACUACAACUCCAAGUUCUACAAUACAAGUCAAAGUAGUUUCAUGUAUUCACUACAACCCCAGGUUAGUGAGACACUUUCGGUGCAGCAUUGUGCAUCUUAAAUUCUUUCUUAAAUGUGCUUUCUUUAAGAUGUUUUUUUUGGACUUUUAUACCAAUCUAAUAUGAGGUCAUGUCUGAAAUUCUGUGAGCAUCUCACAUUAAUAUUAAGAUAACUCGAAUUUAAUCUUCAGAUCUGAGCUAUGAUUUUUCUUUUGUAACCAUACUUUGCAGCCUCUUCUAACAUACAAUAUACAUCAGUAUAUGGUAGAAUUCUGACCCAGUUGGUUUUUUUUUACUUUGAAUCCAAUCAAUGCAGAUAGGUAUAUGUCAUAUCCUGAUGGAUUACUAUGGCACUGUAUCAACCAGAAGAGCUUGUCACAACUCAAGCCAGCUCCUAGACGUUCAUUCUUUUGACUGCAGAGUAUAUUACAGCAGACUGCACUAAUGUCUGAGUUUUCUACUCCUGUGUUAAGUCUGCUGAGCCCUCACACUGCCAUGGAUGUUCUGGCUGUUUAUGGAAUAGAGUGUCCUCCAAUGAAAGACUUCGACCAAAUAGUGGAUUACAGAGCAGAGAAACGUGAACACCUGCGAGGACGUAACAACGUGACAUCAUGUCGAAGCCCUACGAGGGAGUUUGAACCAAUACGCAUAAAGAGUGAGCUGAAGGAAAAAAGGCAUCUGGAAUUUCAGAGGAGAAGAUCAGUGAGCCCUGAGCCGUCUGCAAACCUUAUCUCAAAGAAGAAACCGAAGAGAAAGACGCUCUCGAUGAAAUAUUAUAGUCCAAACAGCAAGUCAGAGACACUGCAUACAAAUGUGCAAAAAACUCCCACCUCUGAUGGGCGUCCACUGAUGGUUUUCACACCAAACAGCAGUUUAACUGAUAGCCCAAGCACCAGCAAAUGGGUAAGUACUUUCAACCUGAACUGCAUAAGAGUGCACAGUGUUCGUUCACCUCAGAUUUUCAACUUUCCACAGAGUUUAAAAGCAACUUUUUCCAUCUCAUUAUUUUCUCAGGCAUAUUUGUGGCCAGAAGAAGUUACACUGACAAGACGGGAGAGAGACCAUGCAAAGCAGGCAGCAUCUACCUCCACACCAGCAGCCAAGGAAUCAAACCUGCACAGGACAAAAGGAAUGGAUAAAAACAUGAACAGUGUUAACGGUAAACUUCCUGUCAGACAUAUAGUUUCUAGACAAAAGCAACUGAUAAUUCAUCUUUGACGUUUCAUGCCUGUGGUGAUUUGUGUGUGCAUGUGUGUCCACUCUUACAGCUCAAAAGAAAAGCAUCAAAACAUUUACCCAGACAGGGAAGACUCAACAAAAACUCUCUAAUGUGAAUGAAAAUAUUCUCCAGAAAGUGAGUCUGAGAGACAACAGUGUGCAGACAGAGUGAGUUCUCUCAAUUUCUCCACUACCGUAGGCAUCUGUGAUUAGUGUUUACACAAUUUAACAAGAUAUUUUCAAUUGUGCAGGUCUGGUCUUGUUACUGUCAGAGAAACAGUAAGUUUCAAGUGUGGUUUUAAAGUUUUAAAACCUUUUAAAAAUGAUCCAGUUAAACUGAGUUUUUCCUCUCUUGACACUUUAACAGGAUAUCCAGCUGCUAGCUGACCUCUUACAGGUAAGCCAACAAAUUCCUGAUUUUUAUUCAAAUACAAAUUGAUUGUUUGAUUGCUUUAUGGCUUUUUCAUGCCUUUAUUUGGAGAAUAGGAUAGUGGAACAAGAAAUGGAGAAAGUCACCUGCCUCCUGGCAGUGGUUUUAGGUGUCAGAAUGCCUGUGUAGAAAUAAUCUGUCCCCUUGCUGAUUGUCUUGUUUGCUUUUUUGAAUUUAUAUAAAGGGAUGAAUAUCAAUUUUAUACUGUUACAUGACAAGUUAAAAUGUACUCACUGGGGUUUGAAGAUGAGAUACUUGUGGAGGAAGGUAAGAUGCAGUGAAUAGCAAUUAGGAGCACUGAGGUGAACAGACUUGGUAGAUAUGAAAUACAAUAUUUGUCAGAGAAUUUUGUCAGAGAGGAAGAGAGGUUCUUGUUUUGUUUGUUAUACAUUCUUGAUGGUAAAAAUGUGUCUAAUGGAGGAUCAUGUUUAACAUGAUUUACCAAAGCUCCUUGUCUUUUCAGACUUUGGGGUGAGCAAGAUGGCGUUUCAAUUUGGAAUCAGACUUAACAGCACUGCUAUGCUAAAUAUUCUCUGUACACUGUAACACUGUUCCUUUGGAAAUAAAAUUAUAGAGAAGAUAGAAUCUUUGUUGUCCUACCAAAACAAAAAAAUAUUUGCUACAUAACCAGUAGUUUGCAAUAGGCUAAUAUCAAUGUGCAGUGCAUAUUCCUUCAAGUAGCUACUUGAUGGGUGUUGCUUGGUAUCAGCGUGCACCUUUUUAAAAAAGCUAUUUAAAGUCCAAUUUUUCCUUAAAGAUAGGAGAUUCCUUGAAGAUAGUCUGUAUUUGUUUUUUUAUUUCAGGCUAAUGUCAUUGAGUUGUUUACUUUCAUACUAAGCACCUAUAGGUGCCUAAUGCGGAGAAGGGAAAUUCACCAUAAACAAAGGGUUUAUUUUGAAGUGUUAUUUUAAAUAAACCCAGGCUUAACACAUUUCGCUGGGUUUCACUUAAAUACAGCCUUACAUAAUCUCCUGCCAGUGCUAGCUUAGAUUGGCUAAUGUUAGCACCUGUCAGCUGGUUUUAUGCUUUGUGACAAAAUAAAGUUAUAGUUACAGAUAAAGUGAGUAUUUUAGCUGCAUAUUAGAAUAUAAAUGUUUUUAUUUAAGACAAGUGACAUAUUGUCUGUCUAUGAUUCAUUCUUAUAGUCAGUUUUAAAGCCUUAGCUCUGACUGCCUUUGGUUAUCUUCAGUGUUAGCAUGUUGCUGUAUGUAUCUCUGCUCUGCUGUGUGUCAGGAGGCCUUGUGGAGAGAGGAGGCCUUGAAGAAGAAGUUGGCGGCCCUCCAGGAGAGCACGACCAACCUCAUGAACUCCUCCAGCAAAAUAUGGACGGUAGGUCUCUUCAUUUGUAUGCAUGGAAUUUUUAACUUAAAACACAACACCCUAGCUCCACAGAUACAGUUUUGGGUUUCUGGUUGGCUUAGCUCUGAAAUGUCAGUCACAGCUGCAUACUCAACAGUGUUCAACGGCUGCUAUCUCAGGAAGGCCUGCGCAGUCUGUGGUUUGGAGUUUCCUGCCUGCACUGCAUAGGAUGAGUGUAAGCUGUCACUUUUAGGCAGGAAGGGUGUGACAGUCUGUCAUGAAUACAGCUGCUAUACAUCUUUAUUUGCUUUAUUUUAGUUCCUCCAGCUCUCAUGAAUGAGAUAAACCAUUGAUGUCUCCCUUUUUUGAUAUUUUUUGAACUUCAGUUUGAAGAUCUAAAAGUAUAUUUUAUUUAAAAAAUCUUUUUCACACCAGACUAUUGAGGUUUGUCACAUUUAGGUAACAUGUUUUUUCAUGCUUUAGUGUUGCAGCACAUGCAUAACACUGUUCAUAUUUGAGGCUCACAGUUGCCACAAGUACCGUCUGUGCAUCAUUAAGCACAGAUAGCGAAAGAACAAGCUGUCACAUAUUUUGGUACAUGAACCAUUAAUUUUCCAUCUGCAGGUUGCAGCGUGACAGUCAGUCAUUUCCUCUCUUACCCACACAGGCUUGCUGCCGUGAAGAUCUGCUGAGAAACAAGAUCAAGGCUCUGGAGGCGCAGCUGCAAGUCUGCAUGCAGGUAAGAACAGCAGCUGAGAAGCAACCGCUGACUCUUGUAUGAAGAAAUUUGAUCUUUUUCUCUCAGCUGUUUUAUUUUUGCACAGACUAAACCUUUGCAAACUGCCUUGUUAGUGUUUUUUAAAUUUAACUCAACAGAGUUUAAUCUUUUUCACAGAACUACCCAAAGGAUGGAGUGAAGAAAGUGGUGAUACAAAUGGAGAAGCAGAGAUGGGUGUAUGAGGAGAAGGCGCUGGAGGCCUUUCAGAAAGCCACAGAGGAGAAGACUGAGGCCCUUUCCAAGGCUGAAACUCUGCAGGUCAUAUAUGUGUUUUUGAAUCCAAAAAAUAGCAACCACUAUGUUUCUAAUGGACACAUCAUGUUACUGCAAUAUUUCUGUUGAUAUAUAAUGUAAUAAGUUUUAUACAGUGUCAGUAUUACAACAUUUGAAUCAUCUUUGAAACUUUGUCACUACAGGAAGCACUAAGCACAGCAAAAACAGAGUCCAUGAGAUGGCAGAGUCUGUAUGAGGAUCUGAAGCUGAGCUUUGAACAAGACAGGGAGAACCAGCGUCUCAACAAUGAACAGCUGGGACAGCUGCACAGCCAACUGGAGGUAACGAUGACAUUAUCAUAUACUGGCCGCUUUAAUUGUAAGAGGUUCCAGUGUUAAUGUUUAAAAACAUAUGUGUCUUGUGCAGCUGUCCAAAGCCAGGGAGGCCGAGCUGAGAAAAGAAGUGGUGUCAUUAAGACGAGAGAACAAGGAGCUGCAGUACAACAUCUCUCUGCUUGAAGAGGACAACCAGGUGUUUCGAGAGGAAAUGCAGCACCUCACAGGUGAAAUUUUUUUCUCACUUUCUAAAGGUCCCACAUGAAGCCAUUGUCAGCUUUAUCUAAAAGUGUUUCUAGUUCCACACACCCACUUUUUUUUGCAGAAUUUAAAUAUGAACACAUAAAAUAUUAACCUAAAGUGUUUUCUUUUUUCUAAUUCACAGAAGGAAGGGAUGAGACCCAGGACUUUUUUAUGCAGGAGCAUCUGACAUUAGAGGAAGCAAAGCCUCAGGUGACAGAAAGAAGAGAAUCUCAGGUGGAGGAGCAGCUCCGUCACACUCAGGAGAAACUACGACUCAAAGAAAAAGAGGUAAAUUGGGGAUUUCUUUUAGCAAACUACAGAACGUCAUUCACAAUCCUUUUAGUUAUGUUUGAUUCUGGACUGAAAAUUUAAGGUUCUCGAGAAAGCAUUCACAAAAGAUUUACGCAAAAUAUUAUAUUCACAAAUCUUACAAAAAAUGCAUCAUGAGGAUUCAUAUUUUGAAAACCACAAAAGAAAUAAAUGAGUAAGUGUAAUAAACUAUUUGUAUAUGGCAUACUGAACAUGUUUGUCUCUCAAGGCUCAUUAGCAGAGUAAGAUGUCGUAAGAGUUGAGGGAAAAUAUAAUUCCUGUGUCCUUUUCCAUUGUGAUGUGUGUGCAUUUGUAUGUGUGUGUGUUUGUGUGUGUGUAUGUGUGUGUGCACAGUGUGAGGAGCUGCAAACUGAGCUGUGUGUCAUGGAGCAGGAGUGUCAGUCCAGCCAGGCCCGGCUGUCGCAGUGCAGAGACGAGCUCCGACAAUUAACCCACCGCAGUAGACCGGUGAGCUCUGUGUGUGUGUGUGUAUGUGGACAUAGUCUUCUUGUGACUGAUGUUAUGACCCGUCUAGGGAUGGCCAGUACACUAUAUGAAAAAUGACCCAUUUCACCCAUCUCUCAAAGAGCCACAAUACUAACGUUCACAGUUUUAACAAUAACACACUUUAUUUACAAAAGACAUAUCUAAAAAUAUUGAUUAAAUUGACAAAUUAAGAACUAACUAACUAAAGAAGUUGAGCUAUCCACACUGCUGUGACGUGCCGUUUGGGAAAUGGACAUAACGAGAUGUCAUUUCUUCACUUUGUAUCAAAAUCGAGCCCCACAGCAGUCUACCACCUGUCUCGGAGCAGCCAAUCAGGAGCAGGCAAUCGCACAUUUAACUAAAAGUUAUGCAGCAACCUCACACGCACCAGACACAACCAAUUUAAAAAAAAAAAACACACACACUAUGUGCAAUAAUAGAAAAUUACAACCGCGGUCGUAACACUGAGAUUUUCUUUGACUACCACAUUUGACUAGUUCCUCUUCUUUAAAUCAAAAUUGAACUCUGCAGCAGUCUACUACCUGUCCGCACUGGACCCGGAGCAGCCAAUCAGGAUCAGGCAAUAGCACAUUUAAAUGAAAGAUAGGCAGAAACCUCACCACACACGCACCAAACACAACCAAAUUAAUAAUGAUAAUAAUAAAAAACACCAUACAGUAAUGGAACAUUGAGAUCUUCUUCUUGACUUUCACAUUUGACUAGUUUGAUGGUUAUGAGUAAAAAUACUAUUAACCCUGCUCUUAUCUUUUUUUGCUGCCUUUUUCUCUCUCUCAUCAUUUAGACCCCGUGUGGCUCCUGGUGGAAGGUGUGGGUUUUCUUUCUACUGUUCCUUGCUGUGACUCAAGUUGCCAUGUUGUGGAUGUGGUAUCCUCCUUUCAGAGAGCAAGUUGAAGACCUGUACUCGGACAUAGAGACACGCAUUGAAGACUAUCUCAUGAAAAUGGCCUCACCUCAACACUCGGGCUGUUUCAGACCAAUAUGAUAGUAUCAGAAUACUUAGUUUUAUUACAAAUUCUUAAAGUACGACUUUUGUUUGAUAUGGUUUGUGUCAGAUUUUUACUUUCAUGCAAUGGCAGACUUGAAACUUAAAGUGUGGGAAAUAUUGUUAUAUGUGUGAUGUUUGCACAGAGCUAGAAAACGUCAAUGUGAAAAAAUUAAACAUUUUUAGUGUAAAAGCAGGAUGUUUUAUCAAUACUGUAUAACACUUUUUUGUCAAAAGCACCAUCUUGAAUAUUUAAAAUAUGUAAAACAUAAAAAGCCAAAAGGUAAUGACGGGAAAACACGGUGAAGAACUUUUGUGGUGAUGGAUCUAGCCUCAGAGAGUUGAGCCUUUAGUGUGUUAUGUUUUGAGAAAUAAAGAAUAUUUUUUACUUAAGUUA